AAUGUGGGUGCACUGAAGUAAGUGUAGUUUUGGGUAAUAAAUAGCCGGUGGGGUCUCGGCGUAACUCUAGAGCUCCUGGAGUGCCCAGGGGAAGGAGAUCUGCAGGGUAAGGAAAACCUUCUGGCUAACUUGAACAUGUUCCCGGAGACCUGGACCUGGACGGAUGUCAGGCUCUCCCCUCAUCCCUAAAAAGGAGAGCGGGAUGAGUGGAUGACCGAGAGGUGGAGUUACUGAAGAGAAGCAGCACACUGGGACUGGAUCUGGAUUUUCAUCAAGUUUCUGCUGCUCAUAUGUGACAGAAAGAACUGACGGAUUGCUGUUUCACUAGCUCACCCAGAAUGGCCGCUCUAGUUCCAGCGCUCCCAGACUCUUUUACUCCGAGUUCAGACAGUGUUUACUCGGAUCAGUUUGGCUUUUACUCUCUGGACAGUAAUGUUCCUGGUCUUUCUAAAGUCAUCCUAGAAAAGCUCAACAUGAAAGACUACAAAGAAUACAGGGCUGCACUCGAGGGCAAAGGAAGGGUGGGGUUUCGCUCUCACAAAGAGAUGUUUCAAAAUCUAGAGGAAACGUUUAAGUUCUGUACCUGCUGCUCCAAACUCCCAUCUGACCUUCCAGACCCGAAAGCACUCAAACGCUGCAUUAAGUGUCUGAAUGUGUAUUACUGCAGUAAAGACUGUCAGAAGAAGGACUGGUCUCUGCAUAAGAAGUUCUGUAAGAUGCUCCAUAAGGUCUCCAUCGACAGACUGGUGGAGUGGCUGAUUCACACAGGAGAUCUUCCUUUCCCAACGGAGGCGUGGUCUCAUCCCGCCAAAGACAUCAGAUGUUGGGAUGACUGGGUCUCCAUGCAGGGAGAUCUGACGCCCCGUCUGGACACAAUCCUGUCCGGACAAAACAUGACAGAGCUCUGGACCAAUGCCCGCAGGCCGCGGCCGGAAGAGGCGGAGCUUCGUAAGUCUGUGUGGCGAGUGUGCAGUGAGUUCUUCUCUCGGUCGCUGACGCUGGGCCUCGGGAUACAGAUGGCCCGUCUGGACCCGUAUUCCCGUCCUCUGACCGUACAUCUAGUGGGGGCUGGUCACAACGAGACCCUGGGAGCCAGAACCACAGACAUGGACGAGCUCGGCCGCAUGUUCCCAGGGCACCAGGGGCUGGAGGUGGUGAUGGUGGGGCCCGAGGUGGUCCAGGGGCCCAUCAUGAGGCCCCCGCUGACAGCGUUCGGACCCCGGGGAAAGGUUUACAUCAGCGCUUACAAGAGCCUCUAUCAUCAGUUCUGGGAGGAAGUUGUGGAGAAAGGAGAAGCGGCCAAACCAGAUCUAGUGGUCGGAUUUCAUCCAGGGUUCCACGCGUCUCAGGGUUUAGGAGAGGGCUGGCUGCCCACAUUACUGCUGCUCAGAGACUAUAACAUCCCGUCCAUCUUCACCAUGUACAAUGAUGCUGAGCUCCAGUAUUCACUGCAGAUCCUCAUAGAGCUGGAGAUGGACGUUAAAGACACCGGACCCAAUCCCUUCAGCUCACAGAAACCCGAGCAGGUCCAGUCCAGCCCAAACAAAGCCCCCAGUUACUGCAACUCCUUUUAUAUUUACUUUCAGGGUCUGCUGGAGACACAGCAGGAGGAGUAGACUCAUCGCUUUCAUUCAUUCAGAAACCAACUGAAUGCAUCUAAAAAACCCUGCAAAUAACCCCCUAAUUAUGUCACUUGCUAAUACAGUUUUAUUAUUUAAGAAAAUAAAUGUUUCACGUAAAACUGCUGUUAAAGUUGUUUGCAACACAC